CAGAAAGACCGAUUGGUGAGCUGAUCUGCUACUGCAACAACCUUAAUUAUUGAAGCGUUCUUUAAUGUUUGUACAUAAAUAAGACUUGAUUUUAGUUGUAUCUGUUUUUCUGUCUUUAUUUUUGCAGUGUUACUGUGAUACAUGUAUGAAUUAUAAUUUUAUAAUUAUAAUGCUAGUAACGUAAUAGUCGCAUCUACUGGUAUGUUAACAUCAGGCACCCAGCACUGACUCUGUUGGUACUAUUUUCCACGCAAAAAUUCCUUGGCAUUUUGACUUACAGACACCGCUACUAGCAUACAACACAAUGCACGUCUCUUCUUUCUGCCCCUCGGUUGCGCGCGCAACCAGUUAGUGACGUCGCCGUGCAACCCGUCUAUAACCAUGUGGGUUGACGUCACAUGUUUGCAAAGUGUCCCUAAAUUCCAUCCGUAUGCUUCAGGAAGUAGUGAUUCACUGCAGCAGGACAGAAAAGCUUCUGGAUAAACCCCAACAUUUUAUUUCAUGUCGACAUAAACUCGCGUUUCCUAAUGUUUAUGAACUGAGGUAUGAUAAAAGGUCGUUAGUUUCGUAGCUGUUUAAAAAAAGCACAAAAAUGCUCGGACGUGUGCUAGCAGCAUGUGCUAACAACAAGUCAAUGCGCUAUAGUGGAGUAUGGACCUGAACUUAAAAUAACAACAUGAUUCAGUAACUCAAAUGAAAUUGAAUCGUAUCCGCAUCUAACCCGCACACACGUUAAUGUAACAGCUAACAGUUUAGUUGAAACGUGUAAUACAAUACUUGAGGUCACAUUCGACACUGUUGUUUGAAGGAAAAGUAGCUGAGCCAGUCUAAAUUGAUCCGAGUAUUUUCAUCCAUAUACUCAAUUAUGUCCGAUCUUACACAUGCGUUUCAGUCACAGUUGUCCGGGGUCAUGGAGACUGUGUUCAAAGCAGCCAUAUUUGAGAUCACAAGGCUGGUGGAGGAGAGUUUCAUGAAGGAAAUGUCCCGAAGUCGGGAACAGGUGGAGACUCUGAAGAAGAGACUGCAAUGGAGCGAGUCAAGGUGGAAAGGUCAAGAGUCAACAGGUGCCAGCAGGUGUACAAAGUGUGGUAAAGCUAACGAGGAAGAUAAAGAAACAUCAACACCACUAACGUUAGAAAAUGAUCGUGGUCUCAAACAGGAGAGUGUUCGAGAAAGGAGCUGGGGAAGCUGUGAGUUGGAGACUGACACACUUUUGGGAAAAGAAAGAUCAGAAGACCGAACGAGCCCUAAUCCCACAGCAGAGUCUGCAAAUACAGAGGACAGGAAACUGGACUGCAUACUAAAAGAGGAGGUGCUGUAUAAUACCACUGAUAAAAAGGAACUUCAGGAUGGGUGGACACUGGAUACUGAAGUAGCCGAGACUUCUGACUUCUCAGCUCCCAGUUACAGUGAGCAAGAACUUCAACAGAUUCAGGAAGAAUGGAGCACUGGACUUGUUAAGUCUACUGAUGAUGGGCCUUACGCAGAUAUUACAGACGUUCAGGGGCUGGCAUACCGAAUGCGGUACAACACGGAGGAGCUGGAUGACUAUAAUAAACUGGACAUGGGAGACCUGAAUGUUCUUGGAGAAAGAACUGAAGAGACACUGGGUGCUGUUCAAAAUGACCUUAAUGUGGCUAUGGAAGGUGAAAGACAUCAGACUAGCUUUUCCAAUAAGAGUAAGAAAAGAAAUAGAGGCUCUUUUCCUGCACAGGUUAACCCGGAAACAGAAGGCAUUGGUAGACACAUGCACUGUUUACUUAUUAAUGAAGAAGGCCACUUACAGGAACUGAGUGCCCUCGGCGAAGUUCAGAAUGGGGUUGCAGGACAUGCUGACCAUAGAGGAAACUCAGCACUUUAUGGUGAAAAUACAGCAAACGAUGGGUCUGGUGGACUAUAUAAGGAACAUGCAUUUAACCAUUCUCAAGAUGAAAGACAAGUUUUUCGAGUCAACGAUCCUUCUCUAAAAGACUACCCGCUCUCCCAAAGAGUCAGUUCAACCGAUGCAUACAACUGUAACCAGUGCGGUAAGAAAUUCACUCAGGCCUGCAAUUUAAAGGUUCACCAGCGUGUCCACCAGCGGGACGGUCUCCACUUGUGCAGCCACUGUGGGAAAGGUUACUCAUCGUUCAGUGACCUGCAAAGGCACCGAUGCAAUCAGACUGGGGAGAAGCCGUACAUUUGCACGCUUUGUGGAAACCGAUUCAGCCGACUGUGGAAUCUCAAGCUGCAUAGGCGCAUUCACACGCAGGAGAAACCACACCAGUGUACUGUGUGCAAUAAGAGCUUUACCCGGGCAGAUAUCUUAAAAGUCCAUCAACGCACCCAUACAGGAGAAAGACCGUACUGCUGUGGUAUUUGCGGACUCAGCUUCAAACGCCUGGACCACCUUAGGUCACAUCAGCGCAAACAUAGUGCUGACCUAAACAGUCAGUGAUUUAAAUAACACUGACUGCAUUGUAAUACGUUUAUACUGGGAGAUUGGAAACAGGUGUUUCUCACGAAGCAUAACACUGGUUAUGUAAAAAAACUCUCUGAAGUAUGCAAUUGUUCGGUCUGUCUGUUGAUCUUUGCUGAAAAUGUUGGUAGCCAUGUUUUUUACUGCCAUGCAUUUGAUUGGCUAUUUAUCUUAGAUGUUUUCAAAGGAGUAUCUUGUGUCUAAUAAUGGCUUGCCUGCCUAUUUAACCCGUUAACUGGUGCUGUCCCAUGCACGGACAGGUUUACUUCAGUAUUUUUAAUGUAAAUGUUAAUCUAUCGCAACAAACUAUAUAUUGUUGGAAAGGUCUAAGAACGUAGUUUUCAUAUUUCAAAACCUUUAAGCAGUAAGUAAUAAUAAUUUAUUCAUUUGUGAAAAGAGUAUGCAAACCUCACAACAAACCAACACAAACCUCAGUUUUUUGACAAUUAUAUGUAUUAAAAAUAAUACUAUAUUGCAUUUUUUUAUUUAUUACAAAUAAAUGUAAACUGCUAUGAAAACAAAAUGAUGUUUUCAUCUCCAAACACUUCUGUAAAUAAUGUUAAAGUGGCUUCUUUAAAACAAGACCAAAAUUAGGCUUCUUAACCAAAAAAUGCCAGAGUUAUAUUAAUUUGAAGGUGUACAUCACCUUUUCACCCCCCACUCAAAAAGUGCUGCUCCAGUUAAAGGGUUAAUAUUGCCUAUUUUCUGCACUAGAUUUGAGCUACAUUACCAUGCAAUGUUCUUUUAAAUAUUUCUCAUCUGUUAUGUACCUGUUGACUGUCUUCGCAGGUUGGGUAAUGCAAAAUAAACAUGAAAAAUUAU